AUGUUUCUUGCACAGGCUCGUGGGCAUUUGCCCAAGGUCGCGAGAAGCGCCUUUGUUCCUAGCCGCUCGCUUUCCACCACUCUUCCCCUCCGAAAGGCCUCCGUUAAAGAUGACGACAAGGCCCUCAACAAGGUCUCUCGCCAUGUUACCCAGCCUAUUUCACAAGGUGCCUCUCAGGCUAUGCUCUACGCGACCGGUCUGAACGAGGAGGACAUGAACAAGGCCCAGGUCGGAAUCUCAUCCGUCUGGUACAGCGGUAAUCCUUGCAACAUGCACUUGCUGGAUCUCAACAACCGGGUCAAGGAGGGUGUUCAGCGCGCUGGACUUAUUGGAAUGCAAUUCAACACCGUGGGUGUGAGUGAUGCGAUCAGUAUGGGAACUUCAGGAAUGCGUUUUUCCCUGCAGAGUCGUGACCUCAUUGCCGACUCGAUCGAAACCGUUAUGGGAGGACAGUGGUACGAUGCCAACAUCAGUAUCCCCGGUUGCGACAAGAACAUGCCCGGUGUCCUCAUGGCUAUGGGCCGUGUUAAUCGACCCAGUUUGAUGGUGUACGGUGGCUCGAUCCGUCCGGGUUGUGCCGCUACCCAGAACAACGCCGACAUUGAUAUCGUCUCCGCCUUCCAGGCUUACGGACAGUUCCUGACCGGAGAGAUUACCGAGGAACAGCGAUUCGAUGUCAUCCGCCACGCUUGCCCUGGUGGUGGUGCUUGUGGCGGUAUGUACACGGCUAACACUAUGGCCUCGGCCAUUGAGACUAUGGGAAUGACCCUUCCCGGCUCGUCCUCCAACCCGGCUGAGUCCAAGGCUAAGGAUCUGGAGUGUCUCGCUGCUGGUGAAGCGAUCAAGAAGCUCCUGAUUGAGGAUAUCCGCCCUAAGGAUAUUCUGACGCGCCAGGCCUUUGAGAACGCCAUGGUAGUUGUUAAUAUCACUGGAGGUUCGACUAACGCGGUUCUUCACCUGAUUGCUAUUGCCGACUCUGUUGGUAUUAAGUUGACUAUCGAUGACUUCCAGUCUGUUUCGGAUCGCAUCCCCUUCUUGGCUGAUCUGAAGCCCUCUGGCAAGUAUGUCAUGAACGACCUGUACAAUAUCGGUGGUACUCCGGCUCUGCUCAAGUACCUUCUUAAGGAGGGCCUCAUCGAUGGCUCUGGUAUUACUGUUACCGGUGAGACAUUGGCCAAGAACUUGGAAAAGGCCCCCGAUUUCCCUGCGGACCAGAAGAUUAUCCGCCCACUCUCCAACCCGAUCAAGAAGACGGGCCAUAUUCAGAUUCUCCGCGGAAACUUGGCUCCCGGUGGCAGUGUUGGCAAGAUCACUGGAAAGGAAGGUACCAAGUUCGUCGGAAAGGCGCGUGUGUUUGACGCCGAAGAUGACUUUGUUGCUGCUCUUGAGCGUAAUGAAAUCAAGAAGGAGGAGAAGACUGUUGUCGUUAUCCGUUACACUGGACCUAAGGGUGGUCCUGGAAUGCCCGAAAUGCUUAAGCCAUCAUCCGCCCUUAUGGGUGCCGGUCUCGGAUCCUCGUGUGCCCUGAUUACUGACGGUCGAUUCUCCGGCGGUUCUCACGGUUUCUUGAUCGGACACAUCGUUCCCGAGGCCGCCGUCGGUGGCCCCAUUGGUCUCCUCAAGGACGGCGAUGUCAUCACCAUUGAUGCCGAGAAGAGAGUGCUCGACGUCGACCUCAGUGAUGAAGUCCUCGCCGAGCGAAAGAAGGAAUGGGAAGCCGCAAAGGCGGCUGGCAAGCUACCGCCCACUGGACUGACCCUCAGAGGAACUUUGGGCAAGUAUGCUCGGAACGUCAAGGAUGCCAGCCACGGAUGCAUCACUGAUGCUUUGGAGUGA